AUACUACGACUACUAUUACUGUUCAAAAUCCGUAUCAAACAAUGGCAGACUAUGCUAAGUCACCACCCACAGAUCCAAACUUGCUCAAAUUUGCCGAAACGGACGAUUACGACUCUCUUGCAAAAUAUUUGGUUGGAAACAUUUACAGAUAUAGAGAAAAUGUUAUAAUACCGAGGAUUCUCGGGCCUGUUAUUAUUAAAACUAAUGAGGAGAAAAUGAUUGAAUCCACUGUUGAGAGUUGUCCAUUCAAGUCAUUGACCAGCUGUGUAAUAGGUUAUGGUCUUGGAGCAGCCGUAGGUUUAUUCACAUCAUCCCUAAUGCCAAAUGUCACCGACCCAAUGGCACAGCAGAAUCAGACUGCAAGAGAAAUCCUACGUGAAAUGAAAACUUCUAUGCUCAGUUACGCUAAGAACUUUGCUAUUUUAGGAGCUAUGUUCUCUGGAGUUGAGUGUUGUAUUGAAUCGGCUAGGGGAAAAAGCGAUUGGAAAAAUGGAACAUAUGCUGGUGGUGUUACUGGCGGGUUAAUUGGAUUAAGAGUUAACCGGACUAGCACCGGAGAUAUCAGUCGCAAUGCCCUGCAACAGUGUCCGGACAUAGUUUACAACCUAAAGACCGACAAUCCUACCAUUGAAUAG